UACAGCCAGCAAGAAGACAGCAGAGGUUUUAUCUCAAGAAUAUUUUAUGCUGAACAGCCAGGACACUAAGCCAGAAACAGGUGGAUAAAGAUCUCGUCAAAUUGAAGAUUCAAGCAAUAGAAAAUAACUGCCAAUUAAAAGAAAUUUUCUGGAAACCUUUCAUCCCAUGCAUGCAAGUACUGGGAACAAAACGCAGUUCAUAGAGCACUUUGUGACUGCCUGUUCAAUAAAACAAAAAAUAAAUCAACUGCACAUCAAAAGAAGACUUUCUAAAACAGAGAUUUAAUCAACUAACUAGAAGAGUUACCCAUCUUGGCAAAUUACACUUGCCAUCAUGUCAAUGGGACUUGAGAUCUUGGGCGUGGCCCUGUCUGUUAUUGGAUGGCUGGGAGCCGUUGUCUGUUGUGCUCUACCAAUGUGGAGAGUAACUGCUUUUAUCGGUACCAGCAUUGUGGUGGCCCAAAUAAUCUGGGAAGGUCUAUGGAUGAACUGUGUCGUGCAAAGCACUGGACAGAUGCAAUGCAAAGUCUAUGACUCCCUACUUGCCCUCCCCCAGGAUCUGCAGGCAGCCCGAGCAUUGAUAGUUAUUUCUAUUGUCAUAGCUGUGCUAGGAGUCCUUAUCUCUAUAAUUGGAGCCAAAUGCACCAAUUGCAUUGAGGAUGAGUCUUCCAAGGCCAAAAUUAUGAUUGUUUCUGGUGUAAUUUUCAUUCUUUCAGGUCUAAUGACACUAAUACCGGUAUCUUGGUCAGCUAACACCAUCAUACGAGACUUCUACAAUCCCCUAGUUGUAGAUUCUCAAAAGAGAGAGCUGGGGGCAUCCAUGUACAUUGGUUGGGCAGCUUCAGCCCUGCUUAUGUUAGGGGGUGCUAUGUUGUGCUGUUCAUGCCCCCCAAAGCAAGAGAAAUACCCAGCUUCAAGGGUGGCUUAUUCAGCUGCAAGGUCUACCAACCCUGGAUAUGACCGAAAAGACUAUGUGUGAUGGAAAAAUAGGAGACUCUAAACCUGAAAGUUUCUAGUAUGAUACACUUCAUGCAAGCUGGAGGGUGAUUGUAACUGGAGUCUACCAUCAAAAAUACAUCCUAUCCCAGAGACUAACAUUUGCAACUAACAUUUUUUUUAUAUGUUAACGUUAAAAUGUAUAUAUAUAUAUAUAUAUAUAAAUGUUAGAGAGCAUUGGUCCUGUUAUCUGUACAGCUGUUUUUUUAUUCUGUGUACGUAAAUAUAAAGACGGACAAGGACGGACAUGUUCCAUUGUCGUGGCAGUGCUAGAAUAUUCUUGAUUUGGGAGGGGUGAGUGCAGUCACAGUUGAGAUGGCUUAAGUAAAUUAACCCCUUUCAUACUGAUUUGCUGGAUGAAACCUUUGGCAAUCUUUACAAGGUAACACUAUGUAUGUAAAUGUAGAUUGGUAUACUGUUGCAUGAGCCCCCUGCAAUAUGCUUGCACUACUUUUUCAGUUAAUUGGUUAACAUCAGGUGAUGGGAAUCACUGUAUCCUUAAUAUUAAAGUUUAUGUGUUUCAAAUUUGAAGAGUAUUUAUCAAAUUUUAAAAACAGGUGUUCACUCUACUUUCUUUUUUAUUCCUAGAAGCAUAAUUAGCAAAUUUGUCAAAGUUUCUAUAAAGUUCAGAAUAUUUAAAAUAUUAAUAAAAUAGAAAGUGAAGUAGUUUCUCCUUUAA